AUGGCUGCACGCUUCACACUGAAGCAAGUCCCUCUGGGUCUUCUACGACGCCAGAUCCUAGUCAAUCCCAUCACAAAGCGUAUACCCCCCUUUCUAAUCUGCUUUGCCUCAACCCUCACCCAAACCCCAGGCGGCUACCCUCUCUACCCAUCCGUUAGCACCCUCCUCCUCCAAAAGGGCAUUCCAGACUCCGAAAUCUCCAAAAUCCCCGCCACAGGUCCCAAGGGCCGUCUCCUCAAGGGCGAUGUCCUCGCAUACAUCGGCGAAGUCGCCGCUGGCUAUCCCGCCGAGCAAGCAGCGCGCAUCGAGAAGAUGGGACAUUUAGACCUUAGCAACAUCAAGAUUGCGCCUCCACCUGCACCACCUGCUGCCACACCUACUGCUGCACCCGAAGAAUUCGUCCCAGAGUUGCCAUCAGAUAUCUCGAUUGCCGUGUCGAUUUCCUUGGAAGCUGUGCUCUCAACCCAGAAACGUAUCAAGGAUGCCAUUGGCGUUACCGUCCCCUUGUCAACCUUCAUCGCGCGAGCCACCGAAGUCGCGAACGGCGACCUUCCGCGCUCAGCGGCCUCGGCGCCAUCGGCAAGUGAACUAUUCGACGAAUUGCUAGGUGCUGCGCCCAUCAAGUCUACACGCGGAAACUACGUGCCUGAAAUCAACACUGUGCCUCUCGACGAGUUUGAGAGUAUCGAUGAGGACGUCUCGGUUAGCCAGGAAGUCGAUAUCAUUGAUAUUCUAUCCGGCAAUGUGUCUCCCAGCUACAAGUCCAGUUACGUUGAGCCCAAGGCCCCCACAGCUUCUGCGCUCAAUGUAUUUAGUCUCACCGUACCCGUCGGUGAGGAGAAGAGAGCAAAGACGUUUCUAGAUCGGUUGAAUACAGUGUUGACUGUCGAUCCUGCUCGGCUAGUUCUUUGA